AUGCUGUGCAGGAGUGUAUGCCCCGAUGACUCGGGCGGCUAUGAAUUCGUUGUCAUUGGCCUGUGGAAAUUCGAGUCGCUUCUUCGCGACCAUGUUGCUGUUGGAAUUCCCCGGUCUGGUGGACCGAGCCAUGAUAAGUGUGCACUCCAAGCCUUCAGCGAACUUCAAUUGGCGGGCUACGAAGUCUUAGCUUGGCGGCCAUACUGCAAGGAAGCAAUGCCCUAUAUGGAUCGAGAUGGAAACACUUUGACGAUUGAGGAACGGCCUCCUCUCAAAGGUUUAGAUGAGUUGGAGGACACCGGUGAAGACAACGCUGUAACUGAGUUGCGACAGCAGGUUUUGGAACUCAAGAGGACAAAGGAGAAGCCAACUACAACUCUAUCGCGGGAUGGUCCGGGAAAACGUGCCGUUAUGCUACAAAAGGAGCUCGACAAGACCGACGGAUUCACCCACUUCGAGAUGGUGUUCGACCGCCAUAAAGACGAGAAGGAUCGCAACGGCCAAUCUUGCCGUCUUGUAGAGAUUGGCAGUGGUUUACAUGACGCGUGGGAUAGGGUGAAGAUGGCAGAUAUGGCGAUAGGUAGAGCCAUGGCGGAAAUGGGCGCAGCAGAGCUGAACCUUCUGGGAGGAGUUAGGAAUAGCCCUGAGAUUUAG